AUGAAAUUCACUAAUAUUGCCCUCACCGGCGCUGCCAUCGGUCUUGCCAAUGCAGGCCCUGUUUCCAAGCGUGCUAUCAGCGACGCCGACAUUCUCAACUACGCUCUUACACUUGAGCAUCUCGAGGCCUCUUUCUACGAGGAGGGUCUCAAGAACUAUACCCAGGAGGACUUCGUCAAGGCUGGCAUGAAGGAUCCAUUCUAUUCCAACCUGAAGGAGGUUGCUUCUGAUGAGAAGGAGCACGUGGAUUUCUUGACCUCCGCGCUCAAGGCUGCCGGUGCAUCUGCCGUUGCCCGAUGCACCUACAACUUCCCAUCCACCGAUGUCAGCAGCUUCCUGGCGCUUGCUAGCGUCCUUGAGGGUGUCGGAGUCAGCGCCUACCUCGGAGCCGCAGCCUCCAUCAUGAGUGACACCUACCUGACAGCUGCCGGCAGCAUUCUCACCACAGAAGCCCGACACAGCGCGUACCUGCGCGCCGCGGUAGGCGAAGUCCCCUUCGCACAGGCCUUCGACAACCCCCUCGGCCUCAACGAGGUGUACACUGUCGCCUCUCCUUUCAUUGCCUCGUGCCCUUCCAGUAACGGCGCGCUGCCCGUAAAGGCCUUCCCUGCGCUCACAAUGAGUUCUAUGGACGCCGUCAUGACUGGCUCGCAAGUGCAGCUGAUGGCCGGUAGUGGCUUCAACACCAGUACUAGCGACGUCAACGCUGCCUUCAUUACUGUCACUGGUCCAGUCUGGGCUCCUCUCAAGUCUAUGGGUGAUGGAAAGUUCACCGUCACCGUCCCCAAGGGCGUUGCUGGACAGAGCUACGUCGUUCUGACUCAGGGGAAUAAUCAGGCGACUGAUGACAAUAUUGUUGCUGGUCCUGCUAUCGUCGAGGUUGGAAAGAAGACUGCUAUGGGUACCCCGAGUGGUAUGGUCGCUAUGGGCAUGGGUGGCAAGAAGAAUAACACGAUGCCGACUCCUUCUAAGUCUACGACUGGCUCCUGGGGUAGCUCUACCCCUACCAUAUCUGCUUCUGCUUCUCCUAUUUACACCGGGGCUGGUCAGAAAAUGUCUGGUAACAUUGCCACUGUUUUCACUGCAGGUAUUUUUGUUGCUGUCGGUCUUAUUUGA